GGCGGUGCAGCCGACAAUUGCCACAGUUUCUUGUAGGUUUUCCUUCUCAUCCUUUCUUCAGUUUAUUCUUUCCUUCCUUGGAGUCUUAAAACAGAAAUUAGGACAAAGAGACGCUACUAUUAAAGGGGAAAAAAUCCGUUUUGGAUUGAGCCCUCUGUCCGAAAGCAGCGUGCAGAUCUUUAAAACACCUGAUGAUCACCUCGAGCUUACACCAGCAAAUUAAAGUCUGGAGUCUGGAAAUACACUCCACUGGGUAUGCAAGAAGAAAAAGCCUUUGUGGCGCGACGAGAAAUGUAUCCCAAAAUGAUGAGGCUGGCGGGGGAAAAACUAGCCUUGGCCACGAGCAGGAAUCAGCCCUGAAUGGAUCACAGUCAACACAUCAAAGGACCCCCUCACACUAACAUGGAGCCAGUCUGGAAUCGCCAAUUGACUUAAACUGCAUAUCUUUGGGAUGUAGUAGAACAACUAGAGUAACCAGAGAGGAGCCUGCAGAGACAUGGCAAAUACAACACAGGAGCCAUCAGAUUGAUGAAGCAAUGAAAAUCACCAGGACUACACUUCUUGGCAUUGGAUAUCUUUAGAAUGGCCUGAUGGAAGCAGAAAACUUUCUAGUGGAUUACUCUGGAACAAUGAAUUUCUCAAACUGCACACUUGAAUCCAGCUUUUCCUUAGACUCAAAGUCAAUCACAGAGAAAAUGCUGCUAGCUCUUACAUUAGGAAUAAUUAUGUUUUUCACCACACUUCUAAACAGCGCUGUGAUAACAGCAAUUUGCACUACCAAGAAAUUGCACCAGCCUGCCAAUUACUUGAUCUGCUCUUUGGCCGUGACCGACUUUCUGGUUGCUAUUCUGGUUAUGCCUUUAAGCAUUAUGUACAUCAUUAUGGAAACAUGGUCUCUGGGUUAUGUGAUUUGUGAAGCAUGGCUUAGUCUUGAUAUGACAUGCUGUACAUGCUCAAUUCUUCACUUGUGUGCUAUUGCUCUAGACAGAUAUUGGGCCAUCACAAAUGCAAUUGAAUAUGCCAGAAAGAGAACUGUGAAACGAGCAGCAGUGAUGAUCAUGACGGUUUGGACCAUAUCGAUAUUUAUUUCAGUGCCACCUUUGUUUUGGAGACACACUAAUGCAGAGAGCAAUUCUUCCCAAUGUAUAAUUGAACAUGACCAUGUUGUUUAUACAAUUUAUUCAACAUUUGGUGCAUUUUACAUCCCUCUGACGUUAAUUUUAAUACUGUAUUAUAGGAUUUAUCAUGCUGCGAAAAGCCUGUACCAGAAACGUGGAUCCAGUAGACACCUCAGCAACAGAAGCAACGAUAGUCAAAACUCCUACACACACUGUAAGCUGACCCAGACAUUCUGCGUCACUGACAUCUCCACAUCAGAUCCCACUAUGGGGUUUGACAAAAUGAAUGUCAACAUUCGAAUCCCUCCGUUUGAGACUGAGAUGGAUAAUGCAUGCGACAAGAACCAGAUCUCCAGCUCAAGGGAAAGAAAAGCAGCCCGUAUCCUGGGGCUUAUCUUGGGGGCCUUUGUAGUGUGCUGGAUGCCAUUCUUUAUGAAGGAGCUAUUUGUUGGACUGCAGAUUCUGACAGCUUCGCCUAGAGUCUCUGAUUUCCUCACUUGGCUUGGAUAUACCAACUCUCUCAUUAAUCCAUUGCUCUAUACAAGCUUUAAUGAAGAUUUCAAAAUAGCUUUUAAAAGACUAGUGAAAUGCAAAGACCAUUUGUAAAUUCUGUAGAGGCUUUCAAGUUGUUUUUUUUUUUCAUUUUUCUUUUUUCAAGUGAUCUGCAGCUGGAGUGUUCCAUAAAAUAGAAAUUGGAACUUAUCAGUGUUCAAAAUAAAGGAAAAAAUAACAUGAGCUAUAUUUUUGUUUCUUAUGUUUUAUAUCGAUGUUACAAAAGUGAUACUUACAGUGCUGGUUGCUUAGUGACACUUGAUAGAAAUUACCGUAUGUAUUUUUUUGAUAUCAGUCCUCAUUGUUUCAAAAACGUCUUUGUAAGGGGGGCAGGCACUUUAAUAAAUAUAUAUAUAUAUAUGUAUAUAUAUAUAUAUAUAUAUAUUAAAAACAUUGAAUGAAACAACAAAACAUGGAACUGGGUGGAGUGCUUUGGAAUUCAACACCACAAAUGCUUGACACCUAUCAAAGACUUGAAUCAUUGUGCAAAUAAGAGUGUUCAUUUGUUCGCAAUGUUAAAGGUCAGAAAUAAGUUUUAAUCACCUGAAUGUAUCUUACUGUACAUUUCAUUUUGGGAUACAGUGGAAUUAAAUAUAAUUUUUUUCAGACAAAAUUGCAUAAUUGUUGGCAUUUGUCCACCUCCAUAAUAAAUAUUUAAUACAUGUAUUUUAAUGAAUAGAUGAGGUAAAAUUGGUCACUAUUCAUUUUGAAUAGCUGGCUUUAUAAAAUUGGUGAAGGUGGUAUGCUUCAGCUCCAGUGACUGAGGUUUGCACAUGACCCCCUUGUCAAUGUAGGCUUACUCUGGGUUAAAUCUUAAGAACCAAAAACAUGAAGGUUAGGCUGAUGAUUUACUCCUAAUGAGCUGUGUAUGUGUAUUCGAAUAAGUGGGCUAAAGCAAUGGGUGGUUGGACUUAAUAGAAACAGUCAUCCCAAAAUUAUUGAAAUGCCUUAUAUAAG